ACUUUCGUUUCCGAUUUCCCCCAAAUUCGAUGCAAAUCUAAGAAGAGAGAGAAAUAGAAAGGUGUGUGCGUAGCUACAACAACGACUCAGUGUCUCUCUCUCUCUCUGUUGCUUGCUAUUUGAGGUUUUUUCCUUUGCCUCGGGGGCUCACUGUCCGAAUUCUUUUGGAGGGAUUUAUCUGUGACUGUCAGAUUCAUCGACCAAUUGCAUGCAAUCUGGAGGCAGUGGCGGAGGGCCCGCUCGGAAUCCGCCCAUGGGUCCGGCUGGUCGGACUGCGUCCACGUCAUCCGCUGCUUCUCCUUCUUCUUCUUCUUCAUCUGUCCAGCAACAACAGCAGCAGCAGCAGCAGCUGGCGUCUAGGCAGCAACAGCAGCAGCAGAGAAACUCAGAUGCAAACGAAAACAUGUUUGCAUAUCAUGCUGGUGGGGUUCAGGGAAUGAUGGGAGGUGGCAACUUUGCCUCGCCUUCGGGUUCUACCCAAAUGCCUCAGCAGUCUAGGAAAUUCUUUGAGUCUCCUCAACAACAACAACAGCAGCAACAACAACAACAACAGGGCUCUUCUACCCAAGAGGGCCAGCAAAGUUUUAAUCCAAUGCAGCAAGCGUAUAUUCAGUUUGCUAUACAGGCUCAGCAUCAAAAAGCACAGCAGCAAGCUAGAAUGGGAAUGAUAGGUUCAUCAAGUGUCGGAAAGGAUCAAGAUGGACGGAUGGGAAUGUUAAAUAUACAAGAUUUGAAUCCGUCUAGUCAGGCUCAGGCCUCAUCGUCUAAGCCAUCGGGAGAUCAGUUUGCUCGCGGUGAAAGGCAGAUGGAAUCAGGUUCUCAGCAAAGGAACGAAACAAAUUCUCAUCCUCAGCAGCAGGUCAGUACCGGACAACUAAUGCCUGGAAAUAUGAUAAGGCCAAUGCAGGCACCACAGCCUCAACAGCUUAUCAAUAAUAUGGGAAACAACCAACUCGCAUUUGCACAACAGUGGCAGGCAAUGCAGGCAUGGGCGCGUGAGCGGAAUAUCGAUCUCUCACAUCCUGCCAACGCCAGCCAAAUGGCACACAUCCUUCAGGCAAGAAUGGCUGCCCAACAGAAAGCUAGUGAAGGCAAUGUGGCUUCACAGUCACCUUCUAUUCCAAUCUCUAGCCAGCCGGCUUCAUCUUCCGUUGUUCCAGGUGAGAAUUCACCGCGUACCAACUCUGCUAGUGAUAUCUCUGGGCAGUCAGGAUCAGCAAAGGCCAGGCAUGCAAUAUCUACUGGCUCAUUUGCUUCGACUUCCAGUCCCAGAAUGGUCAAUCCUGCUAUGAAUCCCUUCUCCGUCCAAGGGAGAGAUAAUCCAAUGUAUCCUCGACAUUUAGUUCAGCCUACAAAUGGGAUGCCCUCAGGAAAUUCCCUGCAGACUUCUGCAAAUGAGACUCCUAUUAUGGAUCAGAAUGCGUCUACAAAAAAAAGUUUAGGUCCUGCUGAACAUUUGCAAAUGCAGCAGCCUAGGCAACUGAAUGCACCGACUUCAAAUUUACUAGCGUCAUCUGAUACUGGUCCACUCGGUAACUCUUCCCUUCAGAGUGGACAGGGGACCCAACAAGCACAGCAGCGAUCAGGAUUUACCAAACAGCAACUCCAUGUUCUCAAAGCCCAGAUACUGGCAUUUAGGCGUUUGAAGAAAGGGGAAGGUUCUUUGCCUCCAGAGCUUCUUCAAGCUAUUGCUCCACCACCCCUUGAACUGCAGACGCAGAGGCAAAUAUCUCCUGUCAGAGGACAAGUUCAGGAUAGAUCUUCAGACAAAACUGGAGAAGACCAAGCAAGGUCGCUAGAGUGUGGCAAAGAGUCUCAGGCGGCUGCUUCUUCAAAUGGACCGAUUUUUUCUAAAGAGGAAGAUAAUGUUGGAGAUACAGAAGUAGCUUUGACAACAGGCCACAGCCAAUUAUUUCAAAACCUGGGGAAAGAAGCUACUUCUUCUGACGUGGCUACGAAAGAGGAGCAACAAACUGAUGUAUUCCCUGUUAAGUCAGACCAAGGAGCAGAUUCUAGUACUCAAAAGAAUCCUAGAAGUGAUUCUACAGCUGAUAAGGGAAAGGCUGUUGCAUCUGAUGGAAGCCAAUCUAAGGUUCCUCCACAAGGAAACUCUUCCCAGCAGCCCAAGGAUACAGCCUCUGCCAGGAAAUAUUAUGGACCCUUGUUUGAUUUUCCCUUUUUCACUCGAAAACUUGAUUCUUAUGGGUCUGCAACAGCCAAUGCCAAUAACAAUCUCACAUUAGCAUAUGAUAUUAAAGAUCUGAUUUGUGAAGAAGGUGCAGAGUUCCUUAGUAAGAAAAGAACAGACAGUUUGAAGAAGAUAAAUGGUCUGCUAGCAAAAAAUUUAGAAAGGAAAAGGAUUAGGCCUGAUCUUGUUUUACGGCUUCAAAUUGAAGAGAAAAAGCUUAGGCUAUCGAAUCUUCAGUCUCGUGUUAGAGAGGAAGUGGAUCGACAACAACAGGAGAUAAUGUCCAUGCCCGAUAGGCCAUACCGCAAAUUUGUGAGGUUGUGCGAACGGCAACGCCUUGAAAUGAAUAGACAAGUACUGGCCAACCAGAAAGCUGUUAGAGAGAAGCAGCUAAAAACCAUUUUUCAGUGGCGUAAGAAACUCCUUGAGGCUCACUGGGCUAUACGUGAUGCACGCACUGCUCGUAACAGGGGAGUGGCCAAAUACCAUGAAAAGAUGUUGAGAGAGUUUUCGAAGAGAAAAGAUGAUGGCCGGAACAAAAGGAUGGAGGCCUUGAAGAAUAAUGAUGUAGAAAGGUACAGGGAGAUGUUGCUGGAACAGCAAACAAAUAUGCCUGGUGAUGCUGCUGAAAGAUAUGCUGUUCUCUCUUCAUUUUUGACCCAAACCGAAGAUUAUCUUCAUAAACUUGGAGGUAAGAUUACUGCCACAAAAAAUCAACAGGAAGUGGAGGAGGCAGCGAAUGCUGCAGCAGUAGCAGCCAGAUUGCAGGGCUUGUCAGAAGAAGAGGUCAGGGCAGCAGCUACUUGUGCUCGAGAAGAAGUUGUGAUCAGAAAUAGAUUUACGGAAAUGAAUGCGCCAAAAGAAAAUUCAUCCGUCAACAAGUAUUAUACUCUGGCUCAUGCUGUAAAUGAAGUGGUUAUAAGACAACCUUCAAUGCUUCAGGCUGGAACUUUGCGUGAUUACCAGCUGGUUGGAUUACAAUGGAUGCUAUCGUUGUAUAAUAACAAAUUAAAUGGGAUCUUGGCUGAUGAGAUGGGUCUUGGAAAAACUGUGCAGGUAAUGGCACUGAUUGCUUACCUUAUGGAGUUUAAGGGGAAUUAUGGACCGCAUCUCAUCAUCGUUCCCAAUGCUGUUCUGGUGAAUUGGAAGAGUGAACUCCAUACUUGGCUGCCAUCUGUUUCAUGCAUAUAUUAUGUUGGUACAAAGGAUCAACGUUCAAAAUUGUUCUCUCAGGAGGUUUGCGCCAUGAAGUUCAAUGUCCUCGUUACGACUUAUGAGUUCAUUAUGUAUGAUCGAUCAAAACUCUCAAAAGUUGACUGGAAAUAUAUUAUAAUUGAUGAAGCACAACGGAUGAAGGACAGAGAAUCUGUUUUGGCCCGAGAUCUUGACCGGUAUCGCUGCCAGAGGAGAUUACUUCUCACUGGAACACCUUUGCAGAACGAUCUGAAAGAGCUUUGGUCACUAUUGAACCUUCUCCUUCCUGAUGUCUUUGACAAUCGAAAAGCAUUUCAUGAUUGGUUUGCGCAACCCUUUCAAAAAGAAGGUCCUGCGCAUAAUAUAGAGGAUGACUGGCUGGAGACUGAAAAAAAGGUUAUAGUCAUUCACAGACUUCAUCAAAUUUUAGAGCCAUUCAUGCUCAGACGCCGUGUUGAGGAUGUGGAAGGGUCACUUCCUGCUAAGGUUUCUGUAGUUUUAAGGUGUAGAAUGUCUGCUAUUCAGAGUGCCGUUUAUGAUUGGAUUAAAGCGACUGGAACUCUUAGAGUUGAUCCAGACGAUGAAAAACUUAGGGCUCAGAAGAAUCCAAUAUACCAAGCCAAGAUAUAUAGAACUUUAAAUAACAGGUGCAUGGAGUUGAGGAAAGCCUGCAAUCAUCCUUUGCUCAACUACCCAUAUUUCAACGACUUUUCCAAAGAUUUUCUCGUAAGGUCUUGUGGAAAAUUGUGGAUUCUGGACAGGAUCCUUAUAAAGCUACAGAGGACAGGCCAUCGUGUAUUGCUCUUCAGUACAAUGACUAAACUUCUUGAUAUCUUGGAAGAGUAUCUACAAUGGAGAAGGCUUGUAUACAGAAGAAUAGAUGGGACUACCAGCCUAGAAGAUCGGGAAUCAGCUAUUGUGGACUUCAAUGAUCCUGAUACGGAUUGCUUUAUCUUCUUGCUUAGUAUACGUGCAGCUGGACGGGGUCUCAACCUUCAGACUGCUGACACAGUUGUGAUAUAUGAUCCGGAUCCAAAUCCCAAGAAUGAGGAACAAGCAGUUGCCAGAGCCCAUCGUAUAGGGCAGACAAGGGAAGUAAAAGUGAUUUAUAUGGAGGCAGUUGUUGAAAAAAUCUCCAGCCAUCAAAAGGAGGACGAGCUUAGAAGUGGUGGUUCAAUAGACCUAGAGGAUGACAUGGCUGGGAAGGACCGAUAUAUAGGAUCUAUAGAGGGUCUCAUAAGGAAUAAUAUUCAACAGUAUAAGAUUGACAUGGCUGAUGAGGUCAUUAAUGCUGGGCGUUUUGACCAAAGGACAACUCAUGAAGAGCGACGAAUGACAUUGGAGACUUUAUUGCAUGACGAAGAGAGAUAUCAAGAAACUGUCCAUGAUGUACCUUCUCUGCAUGAGGUGAACAGGAUGAUUGCCAGAAGCGAAGAGGAAGUUGAGUUAUUUGAUCAGAUGGAUGAAGAAUUUGACUGGACGGAGGAGAUGACUAAUCAUGAGCAGGUGCCUAAGUGGCUUCGAGCUAGUACCAGAGAGGUGAAUGCUACUGUUGCUGAUUUGUCUAAGAAACCUUCAAAGAACAUGUUGUCUAGCAGUAAUCUGAUUGUGCAACCUGGUGGACCGGGAGGUGAGAGAAAAAGGGGGCGGCCCAAGAGCAAAAAGAUUAACUACAAGGAAAUUGAAGAUGACAUUGCAGGUUACUCUGAGGAAAGCUCUGUGGAAAGGAACAUUGAUUCUGGGAAUGAAGAAGAGGGAGACAUUCGACAAUUUGAUGAUGAUGAACUUACUGUCGCUCUUGGAGAUCACCAAACCAACAAGGGAGAAUCUGAUGGAGAGAACCCCAUCUGUGGUUAUGAUUAUCCUCCGGGUUCUGGUAGUUAUAAAAAAAUUCCUCCUCGUGAUGAUGCCGGUUCUUCAGGAUCUUCUCCAGAGAGCCAUAGAUCGAAAGAGAUGGCAUCUCCUGUUUCUUCACAAAAGUUUGGCUCUUUAUCUGCUUUGGACACUAGGCCAGGUUCUGUCUCAAAAAGACUGCUGGAUGACCUAGAAGAGGGGGAAAUAGCAGCAUCAGGGGAUUCUCACGUAGAUCUCCAACGAUCAGGAAGUUGGGCCCAUGACCGUGAUGAAGGGGAUGAAGAACAGGUUUUGCAACCUACGAUAAAACGAAAACGGAGUAUUCGUCUAAGACCCCGUCAAACGGCAGAAAGAGUUGACGGUAGUGAGAUGCCUGCAGCUCAGCCAUUACAAGUUGAUCGUAGCUACCGAUCAAAGUUAAGGACAGUUGUUGACUCACAUGGUUCAAGACAAGAUCAGAGUGAUUCGUCCUCUAGACUAAGGAGUUUACCUGCGAAGAAGGUAGCUAGUACUUCCAAACUCCAUGUAUCAUCACCAAAAGCUGGUAGAUUGAAUGCCACACAGCUUACCGUGGAGGAUAACGCUGAAGCUUCCAGAGAAACGUGGGAUGGAACUAGUCCUAUUGGCUCUUCAAAUGCUGGUGCAAGAAUGUCCCACAUCAUACAGAAACGGUGCAAAAAUGUGAUUAGCAAGCUCCAAAGGAGAAUCGACAAGGAAGGUCAGCAGAUUGUACCUAUGCUGACAAAUUUGUGGAAGAGAAUUCAGAAUGGUUAUGCAGCUGGAGGUGUAAAUAACCUUUUGGAACUACGAGAGAUAGACAACCGUGUAGAAAGACUAGAGUACGCAGGAGUUAUGGAACUCGCAUCUGACGUGCAGUUAAUGCUAAGGGGAGCAAUGCAAUUCUAUGGAUUUUCACAUGAGGUGAGAUCUGAAGCAAGGAAGGUUCACAAUCUGUUCUUUGAUCUAUUAAAGAUGUCUUUCCCAGACACAGAUUUCCGGGAAGCAAGGAAUGCUCUUUCCUUUUCUGGCCCAAUCCCAAAUUUGGUGUCUACACCAUCCCCAAGAGGAGCAGGCGUUAGCCAAGGCAAGAGGCAAAAGUUGGUAAACGAGGCGGAACCCGAGCCAAGCUCUCCUCAGAGACCUCAACAACGUGAGAACUCAAGGAUCAGAGUACAGAUACCGCAGAAAGAAACAAAGCUUGGGGGGACAACAAGCCACACUGAUGAAUCCCCAAUUUUAGCUCAUCCAGGGGAAUUAGUAAUCUGCAAGAAGAAGAGGAAAGACCGAGAGAAGUCUGCUCCGAAAACCCGAACUGGUGGCUCCAGCAGCCCAGUUUCACCACCUCCAGCUCUGAUUGGUCGUGGUCUUAGAAGUCCUGUGUCUGGUGGAGUUCCAAGGGAAACAAGGCUAGCACAGCAGCAGCGCUGGCCAAACCAACCCACUCAUCCAAACAACAGCGGUACGGCUGGUGAUUCCGUGGGAUGGGCAAAUCCGGUGAAGAGGUUAAGGACAGAUUCUGGUAAAAGACGGCCUAGCCAUUUAUAGAGGGACCCUUCUUGGUUCCUGAGAGGAUUAAGCCUCUUUUGCUUAUAUUCAAUGUGGCAUUGUAAGCAAUUUAGAAGUGAAUCUUUGACCUUAGUAAUCAAAUAAUUCUGUAGGU